GUUCCUCAUCCUUGGAAGCGUUUGUCACUGUUGCCAAGAAGCUACCUCAAGAAGACGUGUAUGAUGUUGUGGAAGGGUACAUAAAGAUUUCUGUGGAGUGUGCCGAGAUUUUCCAGCUCCUGAGUGGGGAGAAGCGACCCGAUAGUGAAAUGCUAUUAAUAUUUCAAGUUUUCGAGGCUAUUCUAUUGCGGACAGCAAGCGAUCUUUCCCAUUUUCAUGUUGUGGGGACCAACAUUGUGAAAAAGCUAAUGAAUAAUCACAUGAAGCUCAUCUGUGAGUCCCUGUAUGCCUCGGGCUACAGGAUGGCCCGAGCCUGUCUGAACCUGAUGGCCGCCAUGGUGACCCAGGGUCCUGAGGCCGCCAGGGACGUCUACAGCCAUUUUGAUUUGAAUAAAAAGACCUUGUACACCCUGGCGACCAAGAGGGAUUCCAAGGGCGUGCACGAUGUCCGGCUGGCCUACAUCCAGUUUGCGCUUUCCUUUCUGAUCGCUAGUGAUGACAGCACGAUAGCGCAAGUGCUGGAGUUGAAAGAAUUUAUUCCUUGCAUUUUUAGCUCAGGCAUAAAGGAAGACAGGAUUUCUACUGUCAAUAUUUUGUUAUCCACGCUGAAAACAAAGGUAUGUGUUUUUACUCAGUGUUCCUGUCACCAGAAGAUUUUACUUCUCCUCCGGGCGUAUGAACAGAACGACCUCAGCCUUGUGAACUUCAGAGUGUUCCUGUGGGGCCCGGCGGCAGUGGAGCAUCACAAGACAUGCCGGAGCCUGGGCAAGUCGCUGUGGCAGCAGCCGAGCGUCGGGGACGUCCUCCGCCUGCUGGAUCCGGACCGCAUGAUGAAGACCAUCCUUCACUUCCCGCAGAACCGGAGGCUGCUGCCCCCCGAGGAUGCACAGGAACUGAUCUUUAAAGACCGGCGCACAGUGGAUCUCGAUGGCCUUUAUGACCCCUGCUUUCUCCUGCAUCUCUUCAGUGAACUGACCAGGCCAGAAUUUGUGGUGGAUUGUCGAAAAUUUUUGGAUUCCAAUUCUCUGGGCCUAACUGUCACGGCCCUCAGCAGCUAUGACCCCCAAAUGCGAGCUGCAGCCUACUACGUGCUGGCGGCCUACUAUUCACAGCUGGAGGGGGCACGGUUCCGAGAGCAGUCUCAGCUACUUUACCUGUUGGAUGUAGUCCGGAAUGGGAUCCGAACUCAGAACAUGAGACUCACCUUUACCUUGACUCUCUUCAUUGCCAAAGCAGCCUUGCAGAUUUUGAAACCAGGUACCACUGCAUGUCCACUAGUCGGUGUUAAUCCUGAAGGCGUGCAUGAUCCGCCACACGUGUGAGAAGGGACGUGUCUGGCUCAUCCAGUGCUUGUAACAGUGAGCCGUGUGCAUGCCCACGGGAGCAGACAGUGAAUAAAGCAUGGCUGUGCGGAAGCUCUAUAUGGGCCCCUGCGGGUGAGAUCAGAAAGAAACCCAACGAGGAAGCCCAGUGCAGAGCAAUGUGUGUGAUGGGGCUUGGAAUAUGUACUCGCAUUCGCUAUAGGCGUGUGAAGCCGCGGUACAGGGCUGCUGUGAGGGGGUACGUGGAUCCCACACGUGGAGGGCACCUGACCCAGGAAGUCUGUCCGUCGGCAGCUGCUGGUCCAUACUCGGAAGUGAGAGUCUGCGGCUCGUAGGUCCUUAGCCAGAAGGUGUCUGGCCCGGAUGUCACUGCAUGGGUGCCGGCUGGGGCCCGAGAACACGGCUCCUUGUGUGACUCCCCGCGGGGUACCACUGCUGAGGUAGCCUGAGGACAGGUGUUGGUCGCAUUAGGGGCCACGGGGUUCUGUGUCACGUGGUCAUGUUCAGAUGAGGAAGCAGCCCCCAACCUGAGGCCCCCCAGGUUAGGUAGCUUGUCCGAGGCCCCACAAUUCCUCUCUAGUCAAGUUGCUGUUAGAAUUCAGGUCUAGUUUCUGUCUUCUCCUGUACAGUUUUUAUUGUGUGGUUUUUCUUCUCCUUAAAAAUUAC